UCUGUGUAAUUCCGAAUCUACAGAAAAGAUGGUGAGACCUCCUUGUUGUGACAAACUGAAUGUCAAAAAAGGACUCUGGAGUGAAGAGGAAGAUGCAAAGAUGCUGGCCUAUGUAUCAAAACAUGGAACUGGUAACUGGACUGCUGUUCCAAAAAAAGCAGGGCUUAGACGAUGUGGGAAGAGUUGCAGGCUGAGGUGGACUAAUUACUUGAGACCUGAUCUUAAACGUGAGAGCUUCACACCCCAGGAAGAGGAGUUGAUCAUUCGGCUUCAUGCAGCUAUUGGAAGCAGGUGGUCUAUCAUAGCCCAACAGCUUCCUGGGAGAACAGACAAUGAUGUCAAAAAUUACUGGAAUACGAAGCUGAGGAAGAAGCUUUCAGAAAUGGGGAUAGAUCCUGUUACUCACAAGCCUUUUUCUCAAAUCCUAGCUGAUUAUGGAAACAUUGGCGGCCUCCCAAAAUCCAGAGCCCGAAUCGGAUCUCUCAAUAGAGACAUGAAAAACGCAUUUUUGACAAGGCCAGAGCCAUUUCCACCCCCAGCAACAGCAGCAGAAGGAUUUUCGAACAUCAACAACCGAUUGAUGACAACAAUUGCAUCACCCGGAAUGGAACCAAUCCAGGACAACUUCUUCCCAAACAACAGCAUUAACCAUCAUCCAGACAGUGAUUCCCUGGAACUACUUUCCCAGCUGCAGGCUAUAAAAGUAGUGACAGAAGCUACAAACUACACUGGUCACCAAACCAUCUCACCUCAGUUCCCUAAUAAGUACUCAUUAUCAUUAUCAUCACCAUCGUCUUCUUCUACUUCUUCUACUUGUUCCACUGCAGCACAAGAAAAAUCAGGUCUAGCCUUCAGUUGGCGUGAUUUUCUUCUUGAAGAUGCAUUUUUACCCACUGAUCAUACACAAGGACAAGAAGAUCGCAUCCUAGAAUUCUCAUCCGAUGAAAUUGUACCACAAAGUCACAGCAGCAAUGGGACUAGUGCGGAAAACAUCGAUAAUAAUAACAGUGACAAUAAUGGAGUCCAAGGAAUAUCGGGUGGUGGAGUGCCGAGCCACGGUUUUCAUGCCUCAUCAUCCACCAAUAGUUCAUUUGUUGCUGCCAUGAUAGAUCAAGAAAAUGAGAUGUUCUCAGAAUUCGCAAAUCUUUUGGAAGAUCCAUGUUAUUAA